AUGACCCUGAGCACGGAGAUGUCCGAUGCCUCCGGCCUUGCCGAGGAGACAGACAUCGACGUGGUGGGGGAGGGCGAGGACGAAGACGACGAGGAAGAGGAGGACGACGACGAGGGCGGCGGUGGCGUGUCCCGGCUGGCUGUCCCCGCGCAGCGGCGGCGACGGCGGCGCUCGUACGCCGGGGAAGACGAGCUAGAGGACCUGGAGGAGGAGGAGGACGACGAUGACAUCCUGCUGGCCCCGCGGACAGGGGGCUCGCCGGUGCCCCCGGGCCCAGCCCCGGUGGCAGGGGCCGGGACCGGCUGCGGCGGCACCGCGGGCGCGGGCGGCGGCGGGGGCGGCGGCGUGAGCGCGGGCGGCGGCGUCAAGAACCCCCUGGUGAAGCCGCCCUACUCGUACAUCGCGCUCAUCACCAUGGCCAUCCUGCAGAGCCCCAAGAAACGGCUGACGCUGAGCGAGAUCUGCGAGUUCAUCAGCGGCCGCUUCCCCUACUACCGGGAGAAGUUCCCCGCCUGGCAGAACAGCAUCCGCCACAACCUCUCGCUCAACGACUGCUUCGUCAAGAUCCCCCGCGAGCCCGGCAACCCCGGCAAAGGCAACUACUGGACGCUCGACCCCGAGUCUGCCGACAUGUUCGACAACGGUAGCUUCCUGCGCCGGAGGAAGCGCUUCAAGCGGCAGCCGCUGCUCCCGCCCAACGCCGCCGCCGCCGCCGAGUCGCUGCUGCUGCGCAGCGCGGGGGGCGCUGGGGACCCAGCCGCCGCCGCCGCUGCCGCCGCCGCCGCCGGCCCAGUGCGCCGCGACCGCGCGUCCUCCCGUCACCAGCGCAACCCCCCGCCUCCGGCCCCGCCCCCGCCCCGCAAGGCCCCAGCCGCCAGGGGACGCCGCCGCGAGCCCCAUGCACAUGCGCCGGCGCGCGGCACGCCGGGAGCAGGAGUCUCGCCGGGGCCGUGCGCUGCAUGCCGGGAGUCGGGAGCUUAG